CCGUAUCCUGGCCAGAGAGACAAAACCCCCUUUUCUGAUGAUGGAGUGGGGUAUUUGUUUGCUUCUCGCGGGAAAUGUUUCUCUGGAUUUUUUUCUCCCUUUGAGUUGUGCGCUGGGUCUGCAGCAAGUCGGACGAAAGAGGGGAAUAAAUCGUUCGGCGGCGCCCAAGGAACAAACAAGGGGUCAGUCCUGGUCCUGGUCCCAGCGCGUUUGAAGGAGUCGUCCCAGCAUGGCUCGGGAGGCCAAGCACCGUGAUCUGAUCGUCUUGGGUUUACUUUUUCUUCUAGCCGGAUAAAAAAAAAUAUUAUGUCGGCAUCAGCGUGGGAGGAGAAGAAUAUUUUGUGUAAGUGGAAGUUUUAGGAGCGUUGCAUAGAAGUUGUACGGAUUUAGAAUCUGGAAUUAGGAGAUAUCCAUCAGCAUCGGAACAAUGCAGUAUGAUAGAAUGCUGGGCUUACGCUCCUUGUUCGUGCUCGUGCUGCCAUGCGACUCCAGAUCUUUGAAUCACGCUAUGCCUAUUCUGAUGCAUAGUGUGCUGAGACUGGGCAGAAAAGAAAUGCCCCUUUGGGCCUCAAUUGGUUGCCGUUGCCGUCUGGAUUACAAUACAGGCUGCGUCGGAACGGUCACUAGUCUGCUCCUUUCAGCCAUAAUUCAUGGAAAUUCGAGAAGGGAGGCCGCGUUGCCGGGCCUGAACCACUGGCUAGCCAGUCUGGAUGUGAAGGGCCAAAAAGCGUUUUCAGCCAUAAUUCAUGGGUGGUACUGUAGAGGAGGAGAGGGAAAAGGAGGCAUUCCAAAUCCAAUGGCGAGUCCGUUUGCUAGUAGGAGAGACGAAGAGGAAGAAGAAGAAGAAGAGAGUCGAGGGGGAGUCAUGAAUCGGAGAAACAACAGGGCGCAGUAUACGUGUGAGUCUGUUCGUUAUACGACCAAGAACGAGUUGAAGGAUCCCAGUGAGCUCGUGAGUCCGUGAGGAAGAAUGCAAUUGUGAGUCCACCAGAACAGAAGGAAAGAAUGCGUGCAGUCAGUCAGUGUGCCUGUGGUAUGAUCGUGAGUCGGCCAGAGCUUCCAGACUGUGACUUGCUUAUACUCUGUGAAUGGAAAUGGAGAUCAGGGUCCAGA